GCGUGCACUCCUCAAAGUUGGAGCACUGCAGAUGAAAGUAAACAUUGUGAUGAUGGACGCCAAAUCGGGGCUGGUAUGUCACACCAUUCAUCGUUGGGGCACAAAACGCUAUUGCGGUGCAGAUGCUGUUCCUGUGUAAAUGAGUAUAACCAGAUCCAACAAUCCCAGUCUCGCCCAGUUUUACUUUUGUAAACAGACAAGCCUCUAAAGAAAGCGUUUGCAGAUUACUCUAAGAAAAACAUCAAUGAUGAAGGUUGUUUUGGUUCUCGUACUGGUGGCUAUUAUUGUCGUUGCUGAUGCACACAAAAAAGGGAAUAAAGGCAAGAAGAAGUGUGCUAAAAAAUGUUCCAAAGUAGCAAGAGAACAAUAUCGGGUUGAAAUCGAAACACUCCAAGGCCAGUUGGACGCGGCUGACGCUGAAAUCUCUAACUUGGAAAGUGAAUUUGCAGGGUAUCAGGCUGGAAUCGAAACACUUGAAGGUGAGGUGAACUUGGCUGACACUGAAAUCUCUAACUUGGAAAGUGAACUUGCAGGGCACAUGGCUACGAUCGAUGAACUAAACGCUAACUUGGCUACGGCUCAGGAUUCUGUUAGUGCUAAUGAUGCAGAAAUUGCCGAGCUAACAGCAAAGACGCUACAACCGUGUCACAUCUGUGGGGAAAGUUUGGACACCGUUACUGGCGAGGUCACUAAAAUUGACUGUAACGAAGAUACGUUGAAAUGCUUGGACACUACAACUGCCUCUGAUAAUCAAUGCCGAUUAGAUGCGACAGAAACUAAAUGGGAAAUCGUAAAUGGCCUCGUAUCUGCAUAAUGGAAUAUCGUCUUAAACCAUUUUAAAUGCUUCUUAUGGACAAUAACCAUAUAAAGAUCGUUAGAUCCAAUAAUUCAUUGCACAAAUCAAAGAAGUAAUUUAACUCCGUAGCAUCAAAACAAAUGUGUUCGAAGUGCGAUGAAUUCUUGGAGAUUACUCAACCAAACAAAGUUUCAUGUAGAAGUAAACGGAAUUAAACUAAAUCAGAAAAAUAAAUAGACUGCAAAGAAACUGA